CGGUUUCUUCGAGUUUUCGUAGGAGCAGCAACAACAAGACAGCAGCAGUAGCAGCAGUAGCAGCAGCGGCAACGGCAACCCCCUGAGCAACGAGACACACCUGUGUGCACGUCUGAAAAUAAUACACAGCAAAGAUCCACACGCAAGAGGACCUAGACACGCCGUGCCAUCCAACACAAAGAGUUAGAAACAGCAGCACGAGGACAUCCACACCCAGGUCUUCGGACAACAACACACAUCCAUCCGUACUUUCUUCUCCGCCACCAUGUCAGCCUCACAGGACUUUGUGAGAUCGAACAUCUUUGGGACGGUAUUUGAAACCACCUCGCGGUACUCUGACCUGAAUCCGAUAGGAAUGGGGGCUUUUGGCCUUGUCUGUUCCGCGAAGGACAAGUUGACAAACCAGAAUGUGGCCAUCAAGAAGGUGAUGAAGCCGUUCUCGACGCCUAUCUUGGCUAAGAGAACGUACAGAGAGUUGAAGCUCUUGAACCAUCUCAGACACGAAAACUUGAUUUCCUUGGAAGACAUCUUUCUUUCCCCACUGGAGGACAUCUACUUUGUCACAGACCUCCAAGGUACAGACCUCCACAGGCUCCUGACCUCCAGGCCUUUGGAAAAACAGUUUGUCCAGUAUUUCCUUUACCAGAUAUUGCGUGGCUUGAAAUACGUGCAUUCUGCAGGUGUCAUCCACAGAGACCUCAAGCCUUCCAACAUUCUAGUGAACGAAAACUGCGAUUUGAAGAUCUGCGAUUUUGGCUUGGCACGUGUGCAAGACCCACAGAUGACCGGAUACGUUUCCACUCGGUACUAUCGUGCACCGGAAAUUAUGCUCACCUGGCAGAAGUACGACACAGAGGUUGACAUCUGGUCCGUCGGCUGCAUAUUCGCUGAAAUGAUCGAGGGUAAGCCCCUCUUUCCCGGGAAGGACCACGUUCACCAGUUCUCCAUCAUCACAGAACUCUUGGGCUCUCCUCCUCCGGGCGUCAUCGACACGAUCUGCUCGGAAAACACGCUCAAGUUUGUGCAAUCCCUACCACAUAGAGACCCUAUACCUUUGACUGAAAGGUUCAAAGACGUUGAACCCGAAGCUGUUGACCUUUUAUCAAGAAUGUUAGUCUUCGACCCCCGCAGGAGAAUAACAGCAGCAGAGGCCUUGGCACACCCAUACCUUGCUCCUUAUCACGAUCCAACAGAUGAACCGGUGGCUGAAGAGAAGUUUGAUUGGUCCUUUAACAACGCUGAUUUGCCUGUCGAAAACUGGAAAAUCAUGAUGUAUUCCGAGAUUCUCGAUUUCCACGAGAUAGAAGGUGCUGGAGCGCUAGACAACUUUAACCUGCAGCAAUACGAGAGUCAGAUGCUAGAACAACAACAGACACAGGGUCAAAACAACAUAGCUAUGGAUCAAGCACAGGCUCAAGCGCAGGCCCAGGCCCAGGCUCAAGCGCAAGCGCAAGCACAGGCUCAGGUUCAGGCGCAAGUUCAGGCCCAGGUACAGGCGCAAGUUCAUGCCCAACAGGCACAGGGCCAAUCUCAAGUUCCAGCAGGACAAAUGUCUCAUGGCCAAAACCUCGAAUUCAAUCAAUAGAUAGAUAUAGCAGAAAACUCAACUCCCUUUCUGACAUACUUACUUAAACUUUUCAUUUUCACUAAUGCCUCCUGCUUUUCUUUUUAUAAUGUUCAGCGCUGGAUCUCUGUCGCUUUAUAUAUACACAGUGUAAUAUAAUACUCUCCUUCAGCCUG